GUGCAAAAUCGAGCCUCGCCCAAGGAACUCACAGAGCAGCAACGCCCCUCGCUAUAAAUUUGGAGCUGCCUCACAGAGAAUGAUUACAGCGCCUGACAGCCACGGGCCGGAGGCAGUGGGCGACAGAGUGCCUGUGCGGACACAGGACUAGCAGCUCUGCUGGCCCGAGGUGGUGAUCCAUGGGGAGGAGCCGGAGCGGACCCCGGGAGUGAGGGCGCACAGCCCAGCCGGACAAGGCGGCGCACCCAAACCCCAUACCAGAGCCUCCAGCUCAGCAGACCUGGGCGCAGCGUCCCGAGUGCGGAUUUGAUACAUGAUAAAUUGGUCUAAAAUGGCCGGGUUUUUAUCUGAAUAAGUCACUGAAGUCAUCGCAGAAGGUCUACAUCCAGGUGCGUUUGGCGUAGUGACUGAGACUAAUUAACCCAGGAGAUCAAAAUGAUCCUCAACUCUUCCACAGAAGAUAGUAUUAAAAGAAUCCAAGAUGACUGCCCCAAAGCUGGAAGGCAUAAUUACAUAUUUGUCAUGAUCCCUACUUUAUAUAGUAUUAUCUUUGUGGUGGGAAUAUUUGGGAACAGUUUGGUGGUAAUUGUCAUUUAUUUUUACAUGAAACUGAAGACUGUGGCCAGUGUUUUUCUUUUGAAUUUAGCACUAGCUGACUUAUGCUUUUUACUGACUUUGCCACUGUGGGCUGUCUACACUGCUAUGGAAUACCGCUGGCCCUUUGGCAAUUACCUAUGUAAGAUCGCUUCAGCCAGUGUCAGUUUCAACCUCUAUGCCAGUGUGUUUCUACUCACAUGUCUAAGCAUUGAUCGCUACCUGGCUAUCGUACAUCCAAUGAAGUCCCGCCUUCGACGCACAAUGCUUGUGGCCAAAGUCACCUGCAUCAUUAUUUGGCUGCUGGCUGGCUUGGCCAGUUUGCCAACCAUAAUCCACCGCAAUGUAUUUUUCAUCGAAAAUACCAAUAUCACAGUUUGUGCUUUCCAUUAUGAAUCCCAAAAUUCAACCCUCCCUGUAGGUCUGGGCCUAACCAAGAAUAUACUGGGUUUCCUGUUUCCUUUUCUGAUCAUCCUUACAAGUUAUACUCUUAUUUGGAAGGCCCUAAAGAAGGCUUAUGAAAUUCAGAAGAACAAACCAAGAAAUGAUGAUAUUUUCAAGAUAAUUAUGGCAAUUGUGCUUUUCUUUUUCUUUUCGUGGGUUCCCCACCAAGUAUUCACUUUCCUGGAUGUACUGAUUCAGUUGGGCAUCAUACAUGACUGUAAAAUUGCAGAUAUUGUCGACACCGCCAUGCCCAUCACUAUUUGCUUGGCGUAUUUUAACAACUGCCUGAAUCCUCUCUUUUAUGGCUUUCUGGGGAAAAAAUUUAAAAAAUAUUUUCUCCAGCUUCUGAAAUACAUUCCCCCAAAGGCCAAAUCCCACUCAAGCCUGUCUACAAAAAUGAGCACACUUUCCUACCGCCCCUCAGAAAAUGGAAGCUCUUCCACCAAGAAGUCUGCCCCAUGUACUGAAGUUGAGUGACACACUUGAAACCUGUGAAGUCAUCUUGUGAAAGAAAGAGCAAGAGAAACAUUCCUCUACAACAUUUUGCUAGUAAAUGAGCAUGAGCUACUUUUUAGAAUUUAAGAAGAGAAUGGAUUAUGUGGACUGAACUGACUUUUCUAGUGCUCUGAACAAAAGCUUUUCUUUCCCUUUGCACCUAUACAAAGCAGAGUCACAUGUUGCCACAUUUCGCAUUAGAUAAAUGAUGUCCACUCAAAGGACCAUGUCAGAAACUGAAUGAAUGUGUUGAUUUGGAAAAUUUUACCAGUAUAAAUGCCAUCCUCCCAGUCGGCUCUUGUUCUGUUAUUUUUGAUUUCCACAAAAAGGUCCUCAGAAUAUGUUAAACCUUGAGAGGAGCAACAGGAGAUCUAAGCUCAAGAUUUCUCUGUCCAAUUUCCAAAGGGCAGUAAAGUUUUUGUGCCUAUUUAGCUAUUAUCAACUAUGGCUCCAUUGUACCUGCUACUGCACAUUUUGUCAGGUUUCAGAAACUUUUGUGAAAUUCAACCAGUGUUGUAUAGAUUCACACUGCCAAAAUAUGCCAGCUAAAUGAUUUAUUUGUAUAAUGAUGUUACUGAAGUCACAAAAAAAAAUUAAACUACUUGUAAAGGUGUUAUUCUGGUCCCAGGUAGUAGUGUCUUCCUAGUCAUAUUAGUUUUAUUUCAUAUCUGAGAAGUAUAUAUAUAUUGUGGUAAAAAGAUUAUAUAUCAUAAAGUAUGCCUUACUGUUUUAAAAAUUAUAUACUCUACCUAUAUAUGUAUAUGUAUAUCUCUAAAAUGUUGUUACUUUAUUAAAAUCCAGCAAAGUUAUAUUCACAUUAAAAUAACUUUAUCAUAGCA